ACUCCAAGAUGCUCUUAGUAACCGCUUCGUUUCUUCUCUUUAUUUGCUGCACAGCAUUGCUGGGUGCACAGGAUGCUCCAGACUCUGGUGAAGUCGAGGAUGACAAUGGGGGUAUCCAAAUACCCGAAGCAAUUUUUUAUGUAUUCGAUUUCUCCGACGAAUUUAACUAUACUACCUAUAUACUUUCCAAGCCACUGAUUUUCAACGCUGACUACAACAUAUCCCAGGACAUAUGCGGUCUAGUUUGGUCACGACUCGCUGCGAUAGACAACUCGGAGAACUUGAAAUUCGUUGCGUCAUUUCUCGACACGUUCCCGGAUGUCACGAAGGUAUACAUUGACGCGGAGAGAACCAAUAAGAAGUGGGUUGACGGAACGGGCGAGGAGGUUCUGUUUUUUGAUUGGGCAAAAGGGAGCCCCAAGCAAGAGAACUGCAUCGUUUUGACCAAAGCGACCGGGUGGAAAAUGGAGGAUUACUCGUGUACUUAUAAGGGAGGCGAUCCAAGGUUUUUGUGCGAGUAUUAUACAGGUACAAAUGGGACCAGUGAUGCGGAUUCGAACGUGUCUGAUUGAGCAAUAGAGUAAAAAAAAUAUAUUUAUAUACAUACAUAUAGGACAUAUUGCUGUAACUCCAUUUUUCGAACAAAAUUACUGCAUCUGUACACAGUUAUGUUUUAUAAUUUAAGUCUACUGAAGGAUCAUAGCACACAAAAAAAAAUAAUUCUGUCACCAUUAUUACAAAACAAUUUAAUGUCAUUAAGUAAGCCUACCAAGUAUAGGAAUGUUAAGGAAAGCAAAACUUUAAAGCGCCUUGUUGUGAACAUUUUUAAAAACUGGAGUUUAAGCAGUCUGAUUCUAUGG